UUCCCUAACCUCAACGAAAUCAAAACAAAAACAUAAACACCCUCCAGUGCCAGUGUUCGAUCAAAUUGUCGUGUCGUCCUCACCCAAAAAUUCAAAAAUCAACCUCCGAAAAUCAGCUUCUGACCGCUCAGGCGAAACCCUGCCCCAAAAAAAUCGAAAAAAGGUAACUGCUCGAAAAAAUGCCAUUCACGGCGGACGCAGCAGCGACGCAGAUCCAGGAGCGCCUGAAGAGCAUCUUCCAGCUGCUCCAGGACAUCGAGAAGGAGCGCUCGAGGUCAGAGACUAACCUGAACAACCUGACAAAGGCCCACGAGAAGGCGGCGCCGGACGACAAAGUGACGCCGUACUACCAGCAAAAAUUAAAGUCCCUGUACACUGCAUCGGUGCAGGACGCCCAGCAGGAGGAGGAGUUGUUGAGGAGCGCCCUGACGAAGAUAAACGAGAUAAGAUCGAUAAGAAACGAGCGGAGGAUUCAGGCGAGGAAUGCGGGGAACAAGGAGACCAUUCGCCGAGGUGCGCUGAUGAAGAUGCUGCAGAGCACGGCAGCCACACUUCCACUCUACAUUGGAAAGACGCCCAGUGCCAAGCCCCCACCCCUCUGCGGGGCCAUUCCAGCGGACUCCACGUACAUAGCGAAGAUGGGGGACAUGGUGGCGGCGUUGGUGAAGGGCUCCGAGGAGGAGGAGAACUGGAUUCUGGCGGAGGUGGUGCACUACAACCCGACGACUAACAAAUACGAGGUUGACGACAUCGAUGAGGAGCAGAAGGACAGGCACACCCUGUCGAAGAGGAGAGUCGUCCCUCUGCCCCUCAUGAGGGCCAAUCCCGAGACAGACGCACACGCUCUCUUCCCCAAGGGCUCCAUUGUCAUGGCGCUUUAUCCGCAGACUACUUGCUUUUACAAGGCUGUUGUCAACCAACUGCCCACGUCCGCCACGGAGGAGUAUGAGGUGCUCUUCGAGGAUGCCACUUAUGCCGAUGGGUAUUCACCACCUCUCAAUGUCGCCCAGAGAUACGUCAUUUCGAUUAAGGAGGGCAAGAAGAGCAAGAGUUAGGGGCUGGGGGGGUGUGUAAAUAAUUUGUGUAAAUGUGAUGGCGAUGAGGGGGACGAGGAUGGUGACUGUAUGGGACUUUUUUAUGAAUAAAUAUUUUAAUUAUUUGGGGAGAUCGUGUAGAAUAGUUUUGAUUCAUUACUUCAAUUUCAACGAAUUUGGAAUAAUAGAUUGAAUUGGGAUAUGAAGUUGUUGAGAACAGGUUUAUAAUUAGAAAGUCUUGAAAAUCAUGAGUGAAUGAAGAAUUUGGAGUUAAAUCGUUGGAAGAUUAUUAAUCCUGUAGUUUAAUCAAGUUUGAAUUUUGUGGGGCCAUUCCAGACUUUUUGAAGAAUGAAUAUUCGAAUCAUUUCAGAAGUCUUGAGGAACAGUUUCGAUUCAUUAUUUUGAUGUUAACGAAUUUGCGGAGGUGGGGGAUCGUAGAUUGAAUUUAGAUAUGAAAUUGGUGAAAACAGAAUGUGUAAAUAUUUAUUGUAAAAAUGAUGAUGAUGGCAAUGAUUGCAGGAACGAUUUUGUAGAAGAAAAUGGGAUAAUUCAAGGCAA